CGGCGUUGUGAUUCGUUAGACAGGGUCCGAGUUGCCAAGAAAUAUUGAAGGUCCGAUCAUCUUCCACCACACACUUGCAGUCAACAAGUAUGUACAGAUGGUUGGCACGUCGGACUGGCCACCUGCUAGCUUCAUGUAUUUUCCUAUGCCUAAGUUAAGAGUGUACUGUAGCCAGCAAAACAAUCUUAACUCCCCGUGAUGAAAUCUCACGAAUACACUGUUGCGGACAUGAAUUACUACCCGGGGGUCAGCCCGACAUGCGAACCCUCUGUACUUGUAGUCAUCUCGUAUCCACUGAGUCAACUUUUGCCCUAUCCGCGUGUUCCCGCGCCUGCAUACAUUGUUCCAGGGAAUUAUGUUGAUCUCCCGUCUGCGGUGCUUCGGUACAUCUUACCAUCGUAUCUGCAAGCAAGUGAUAAUUUCUCGCAGGCGUGGUUUUAGCUGCUUUCAAUCAGAAGCCCGGUCAGUCGCCACGGAAUGUUCUUAUGGUCUUACAGGACCGUCUUCCUAUGCAUUUGAGAUGCCACGUAUCAAGCGUACCGCGAGGGACAAGACAGGCCCUAAUGAAGACUUAAAUCCCAAGUGGACGAGAAUAUGUGACCUAACGCUAUUUUCGACGUUACUAUAUUUCAGUCUCUGUGUUCGAGUUGGCACUGACAAAACUUCCUGCACGUGUCUCACUGGCAGAGGACAUGCGAUUGAUUCCAUGACAUGUGUUUGCCCAACGGAGUACUUUGAGGUACUUGUGAUUUGUAUUACAAUAACAUAGAGUCAAUCCCGUCGACAUGACCUAGUUACGGCAAA